AUGGCUACCAACGGGGCUAUCGGUUUGGUGCUCUUGGUUUUGUUAAUGGCGGACUUAACUCUUGCUGCUAGAUUCCUUAGGGGGUACGGAGGUGGUGGUGGGGGUGGUAGUGGUGGAGGUGGAGGUGGGGGAGAAGGUUCAAGACCUUGGUCAGGUUCGGGAUAUGGUUCGGGGUAUGGCUCUGGGUAUGGUUCGGGGUAUGGCGACGGUGGCUAUCCUAGAUAUGGAGAUGAAGGGUAUGGGCCAUAUGGGAGUGGUGGAGGUGGAGGGGGAGGAGGUGGUGGUGGGGGAGGAGGCGGCAGUGCAAAUGGAGCCGGGUAUGGUCAGGGUUUUGGAUCGGGAAGUGGGUCAGGGUAUGGGUCUGGUGGUGGAGUAGGACGUGGCGGAGGAGGUGGUGGAGGAGGUGGCAGAGGUGGAGGGGGAGGAGGAGGCUCGGGAAUUGGAAGUGGUUCGGGAUAUGGCUCAGGAUAUGGGAGUGGAGGAGGGUAUGGAAGUGGUGGGGGUAGGGGUGGAGGUGGGGGUGGUGGUGGAGGAGGUGGCGGCGGAGGCGGGGGCGGAGAAGGUAUGGGAGGAGGGUCCGGAUAUGGUUCGGGAUAUGGGUCGGGAUAUGGAGGAGGUGGGGAUUAA